ACCCGUGACUGUAGCUGUGGCUGUGGUGAUGCUUCCUCGCCUUGACCCUGAGGAUAGUCCCAGGAUGAGAUGAUGCAGCCCCGAGUCACACUUCCACUCCCCGGCUGCACCCUCCUGGGACACUCUUCAUUAAUCCUUAUCACUCUUUUAUGCAUUCACGCACAUACUGGAGCAUAGCGCGGUGAUGUCAUGCGCCGUACCGUAAUAUGCGUACACCAGACUCUGUCAGUGAUUCACAGCCGGUCCCGCCUCCGAAAACUCCCGAAAACUUUCGCCUUUAAAUCUGCGAGAUUGACUGCUCUGGCCAGUGGUCAGGAUGCAGCGCUGGAUACAAGUGUCCAUAAGUGUCCUGUGUGCGCUGGGCAGCGUGCGGCCUCUGCGCCACAAAGCCGUAGCCUUGUGCCUGCUGCCCGCGGAGGAGGGGCCGUGCCGAGCGAACAUCCAACGCUUCUACUACAACACCCAGACCCAGAAGUGCGAGCACUUCUACUACGGGGGCUGCCAGGGAAACGCCAACAACUUCCGCACGUACCAGGAGUGCCACAAGACCUGCUUCCGAAUCCCAAGGGUCCCUGCACCGUGCCGCCUGCCCCAGGAGCCGGGCCCCUGUCGCUCUCUGCUCUCCAGGUACUUCUUCAACAUGAGCUCUCUGCAGUGUGAGCCCUUCUACUACGGAGGCUGCCAUGGCAACGCCAACCGCUUCCUCCACCUGACCUCCUGCUCCGACCUCUGCAGCCCCACCAGAGAUGUCCCUGUCCUGUGUCGAGAUCCUCUGGACAAAGGCACCUGCUCGGCAUCCAUCCCUCGCUUUUACUACGACGCAAGAUCACGCUCGUGCCUGCAGUUCCUCUACUCGGGCUGUGGGGGCAGCAGCAACAACUUUGUGUCCAGGGAUAGCUGCAUGGAUGUGUGUGCCCCAGCUAAGGCAGGUCACAAAAAGCACUUAGUCCAGAGGAAAAAGUGGCACAUGAGACACAGCAGUAAUCAGUGGAAAUUCUGAUCCCUUACUCACCUCUUCUGACCUCUUCUGACCACUUGGAGCUGGUUGGACUUCUCGGAUGUGUACUGACCAAUCUGGUGUUUCCAAAGGACAAACACAAAAAUGAGACAAGCUCAAUCAUAUCUGAAGGACUGCCACAAGAAACACAAAUCAUUUCAUAUAAACAUAAAGCUAAUUUCACUUUCUGUUGUAAUUUCAUACAACAUCAAGCUGUUGUCAUACGUAGACUUACUCACAGUGGGAAAAAGAACCACAACUUUUACUCAAAUAAGAGUACUGUUACACUGUACAAUAUAUUACUCAAGUAGGAGUAGUAGAAGUAAAAGGGUCUGAAAACUACUCAGAGAAGUACAAUUUUAUGAAAGCUGUUCUUAAGUAAAUGCUAUUCUAUUAUCACUGAGCCAUUUUCUACUGUUGCACUGACUGUAUUUUUUAUGCCGUGUGUUGUUUUACUCACUGUUACUAUAUUAUCUGUCUAUAGCACUUAUUGUAUUAUAUUCUACUGUGAAGUACUUUGAGAAUAAAGAUUGCUGUGAAAGAGA